GAGGGACCUGGGACGAGUAAGAAUGGCGACGAAAAGAGAAAUUAAUACUUUGUUAUUAGGAAUACUCUUUAUUUUGAUAAUCAAAUGAUUUGAUACAGGGACAAAAUGUUUCAUAAAUUACAGACAGUUAUAAAGAAUGCUGUAGAUGCGUUGGCCCCAGAGCUUCCAUCUCAUGAAAACUUUGUUGCCGAUUGGAAAAGUGUCACAAAUUAUUUCAUCGACACUACAGAUGAUAAAAUGCCAGUAGAAUCAACAAACAUCCCAUAUAGUUUGGAGCAUAUGCUGGAAACAUUAAGAUCUGAAGAUGAAGAAAACGGUGGAAGUACUGCAGGCCCAUGUUUGGAGUAUUUACUUCAACAUAAAAUAUUGGAAACACUUCAUACUUUGGGAAAAGCUGAUUGUCCUCCGGGAAUGAAACAGCAAGUCUUGCAAUUUUUUACCAAUCUUUUAGGAAAAAUAAAAACGCCACUUUUACCACAUGUGAAUGUACACAAACCAGUUCAUAGGUUAAUUCAUGUUUGUGGUUCAAUACAAGCAGCUCCAUCUGAGAAUGAGGAGGUCCAAUUUCUAUGUACAGUCGCAGCAAAGUUAAGAAUGUAUCCCAACCUAGUGAAUUUCUUUUUAGAGAUGCGUCAUAAUUCAAUUUCCAAGUCCAAUGUUUCACCCGACAAGUCAGGACAGCGUGAAAAACCACAAUACAGCCUUGUCAAGUCACUUCUUGAGCUAAGCAAGAGUGAGGACAGGAGGAUUGCAGUAAAAGCAUGCGAGGGUUUGAUGUUAUGUUCGUCAAUACCUGAUAUCAACGCUGCAAGUGUGAUUGUUCUCUAUACGCCUUUCUGUGAGGUUAUGGUUGAUAGAUUGACUGCAUUAUUCCAAAGUUUGCCGGAAGAAAUGGAACCAUCAGACUUGGCAUGUGUUGUUGCUAAAUGGGGUUUAGACAGGAAUGAAGGUGGUAAUCGUAAAUUUUCUGGAAAACGUCACCUUUUGUCGUUUCUAUCGUGGCUAGAUUACAUCGAUCAGCUGAUUCGUGAAUCACACGAGGUAGUUGGCAAGGCGUUAUCUUCAGCGUUACGGGAGCGAUGUCUUGAAGUUACCUUUAGACCAAGUCUACUGGAAGUAUCUGAAUCUCGCGUUAUUACGGUCACGUCACUGUUAACAAAAUGUCUGCGCAUGAUCAAUGGCCCUAAAACUAUUGAGGAAUUUGUUUCAUUCUUCAUGGAGGGUUCAAGCGAGAGAUUAAAGGAAAAUGGCGAAGAGAAACCAUCGUUAUUGCACAUACUUAUAAAGAGAUGUAAUCACUUAUCAGAAAGUGUUACCGUUGAAACUCUACGACUGUUGGAAUGUUUGUUAGAGAAACCGGUCGUCGAUGUUCUAGACAGCCUCGUUCUUGAACAUCUCGCGAAACGCAGCUAUUUCAAAUACGACGUAAUAUCAAAUGGGAACGCAGACGCUGACGUCACUGCUAACGAUGUUACGUCACGUGACAAGGAUAAGUGUUACGUCGAAUUGGAUCGCGUCGAACUGGAAAAGAUUGUGAACAGUUUUUUGUUCCUGUUACCCACAAAUAUGAAGACUUCAGCAGAGUUAGGAGAUAACGGCUAUGACACUUACCUACGGGAUGCACAAAAACAGUGCGCUGAACGUAGAAAUCAAUGUAAAAAUUUCAACUGGCCCAAGACAGUAGAGCAAGUAAAAAGAUCAGAGGAUCAAUUUUACGAAGGAAAUUUCCUCAACAUUCUAUUUAAAAAGUUGAGGAAUUUUCUUGAUCAGUCGUAUGAUAUGAAUCUACAAGUCACGUCAGUUCUAGCUCUGUUAUCGCAAUUUCCUCACCCGCAUCUCCAUGAAUAUCUUCAAUCCUACUUAUCCCUCGCAAACAAUGCAAAUGCAUUAAGCUCUGUUCUAAAAGAGCUUGUAGAGGAUCUCAAAGACAGGGCUAAAAAAUUACCAAACUUCAAACAGAGAUUAAUUCACACACGAAAAAGAUUAAUGAAACUGCAGUCGAUUGAAAAUGAAAGUGAACCACAACUAAAACUUUUUCAAGCAGUUGUAGUCCUCGAGGAAUUCUGCAAGGAAUUGGCAGCCAUAGUUUUUGUUAAAGCUACAAACAAGUUGAAACAAAGAUGACACAACAAACAUUGAAAUGAAAUAAAUGAAGCAAGUUAUAGGUAGAAAGGGAGUAUAUUUUGUUAAAAAAGUUUAAGUCAGAGAAACGAAAUCUCUGUAAAGAGCAAAGAGUUAUAAAAUAUAUGUUUGUGGAUAUAAGAAUGAAUGAAAAUAAAUAAUGUAAAUUCUUCAACUAUAAUAUAUGAUGAAUAAUACCUCAUACAAACACAUAUUCUUUAUAUACAUAAAUGAAAAUGCAAAUUCACUAAAUACAUUACAAGCUCAAUGAUACAUCAAA